CUAUUGUUCUUUUGUGCUAACCAUGUAGCAAGAACCUAAAAGACAUACCAUUCUGUUAUGUCAAAGAAGAGGAGUGGAUACUAGGUCUUACUACGAUUUUCCAUCGAUAACGCAAUGUAUGCGAUUCAUAAUUGAGACGUUUCAGAAUGAACUGAAGCGACUGAAUCCUACCAUGAAACAAAUAAAGUAUGGAGUAAAUGACAUUUUUAAUUACAUCGAUACGUUCAGCGAGUUUAACAUGCUUUGCUUUGAUCGAUCUUGGGGUGGGUAUGCUCCUUAUGGAAAGCAAGAUAUUAAGAAUAAGCUUCUGCAGUAUUUGAAUUCCAUUAACUAUUCUUCAUGUGUUUGUAACAAACAGUUGGCUUUUGUGUUUAUUUUAUAUCACCAUAUCACCAAUUUCAUCUAA